UUUUUACACCGAAAAGGACGACAUAUUUAAAUUUUUUAAUGGAUUAGAGUCAUGAGAAACUACUACUUUUUUUUUUUUUUUAUGAGUAAGUCACUUUUUGACAACUGUUAAUUUCUAGGUUAGUAGUGUGUCUUUUUACUGCCAUAAUCGCUCAAUCUAUUUCAACCAGACAACUGCAUACGUCAGAUAAUAAUGUACGUGAGUUUGACAAUAGACUUCAUUUUGGCCCGGAUCUUCUCUUGUGUCUCUUGAAAAACCAGUUUCACUGAUUGAUAAAGAGAUGAGUUUGAGUUUUUCUCACCGUGCCAGUUCAGAGGUGGAACAAGACGGCAACAAAUGUUCUCAUUUUUCAUGCAGUUUGUCCUGUAGGGAUGAAUCAAUGAAAAGUGAUGGCAUCUGUGAAUCAGAGCCAAAGGGUGAUGGCAUCUAUUUCAGAGCAGCUUCUGGCUGCGGUGGAUGAUCUAGGCACAGAUCAACUGAAGAGGUUUAAAUGGCGCUUAAAGAAUCAUUACAGUUUUUCAGCCACUGAUCUGGAGAAGGCAGAUGCACCUGACACAGUGGAUCUGAUGACAAAGCGUUUUGGACCAGAAGAAGCUGUGAAGAUCUCGGUGGACAUCCUGAGGAAGAUGAACCAGAACCAUGUGGCUGAAGAGUUAGAGAAGAAUCUCAAGCAAGCUCAGGCUGAUAUCAGUAUUGAGGAUCCUGCCCCUGUUGGAGCCAAAUUAAAACCGAUCAAAGUCACAUUCAUCAGCAUUGUUCCCAGGACCAGGAACGACUUCCUACAAUAUUCCCAUCAUCUCACUCUGGAUCUGAACACCGUGAAUAAAAACCUUCGUCUGUCUGAGAGCAACAGAGUGAUUACUCAUACUUGCACAGUCCAGCUGUAUCCUGAGCAUCCAGACAGAUUUGAGAUUUUGUGCCAGGUGUUGUGCAGAGAGAGUAUGUGUGGACGCAGUUACUGGGAGCUGCAGUGGAGUGGAUUUAGUGUAUUUAUAUCAGUGUCAUAUAAGAGCAUCGAAAGGGAGCGAUCGGGUGAUGAGUGUUUGUUUGGACGUAAUGAUCAGUCGUGGAGUUUGUCAUGUUUUCCCUCUAAAUACUCAUUCUGUCACAAUAAGAUAGAAACUGGUCUCCCUGUGAGACCCAUCAGCAGUAGAAUAGGAGUUUAUGUGGAUCACAGUGCAGGAAUACUGUCAUACUACAGCAUCUCGGACACAAUGAGCCUCAUCCACACAGUCCAGACCACAUUCACUCAGCCGCUCUAUCCUGGGAUUUAUGUUUGUCCUGGAUCGUCAGUGAAACUGUGUUGAUGAAUCAGAAUAGAUGGACGAGAUUCUACCCAUAAUCCAUUGAGCUGCUUGAUAAGUCAGUUACAGUGAGAUGUUGUUAGGUCUCUUCUAAACAUUAAUACUGCAGCUGAACUUCUGUCAGUGAAAAAACAUUUUAACACAGAAUUAAAGUGUGUAAUAAAUCCUCAUAUAGACA